GUGUAUUCCCAACUCGACCACUAGCUCCAUUCUGUACAGCCGCCGCAAGGCAUCUUUUCGUCGACCAAGAUAGCAAAUCCCAUCUGAUCGCUCGACAGGGUCAGAGUCUUGGCUUAUCUCACUGCAAGCACUUUAACAGCGGUACCUCUCUUGUGCCUCAGCAAAGGUACGACAGUACUCUCCCCUCCAGAUCCAACCUUGGCGCCCAAACGCCGCUCCCCCAGCUGCCGCAUUCCAUCCCAUCGAAGGUAGGGUACAUCCAUCCCAUCCACCACCAUCCGCAGCAUCAUCCCAGAGUGCCCCAUCUUUCACCUCGACAUCGCAAGGCACCAGGUCCACCACAUCCGAAAGAGGGCCCCGAUACCUUGACCAAACCACCACGACCAUUGGCGGCGCAUAACCAGCAGAGCCAGGCGACCACGAUAGCGACUAGUUAGGAAGAGCGCCGACCCGUUUUCUCGACCGCGCAAGCAGGCAAUUGGCGUCAAUCGGUGUUGCGACCAGUUGCGAUUGCUGCCUUGCGCCCAAAUCCUCAGAAGGAGACGGCCACUUCGAUCCGAUGCAGUCACUCUUCACCGUCAACAGCAACAUAUCACUCAUAAGCCUAACCAUUGCGCCAAGCGCCUGGGUCGCUACUCUUGUCGUCUUCCUCUUCUUUCUCUACUUUUAUCUGCCGCAACUCGUCUCCUUGAAGGCCUUGUUCUUCCGCUUCAACUUCCUCGAUAAAGCCAACAAACACGCCGGCGCAUACUCAACUGCGCCCAGAGACCCAAGAUAUCGAGAGGGGAUUGAAGACAUCAACCGUCGCAAUUGGAAUCGCAACCAUUAUCUGCGUCAGUAUCGCGGCGCCGACUACGACAACGACGACUACUAUCAACAGUAUCAGUAUCAGCACCAGGAUUAUCCACACGACGACGGUGGCGCGCAAAGGAUAGAAGGAAAGGAACUACAUUACCGGCAACAUCAACAGAAAGCCAUCGCUGAUAAGCCACUUCCGGCGCUAUUAGAAUUCUUUGGCAGAAAGAAAAGCAACGACAGCAACAUCAGCAGUGGCGGCACCAGUCCCGCUGACAGCCCCAGGAAGUUGACCAAAGAAAGAGACAAGGAAAAGAGCCGAGGACUUUCGUCGUUCGGUCGCAAGAUCAUCUACCGCACCAGCAGAGAUUCUUCACCGAGUCAAGUCCCCAGCAGCGCGCGCCACGUCAUCAGCUACGGCCCGCGCCAAAUCUUUGCCAGCCAUGACAGCUGCAACGGCGGCCCCGCCGAAGAACCUAGGGCAUCUCGACCAUCUUCUCGACGAUUCACUGGAGGACUUCGAGCACUGUCACUCGCUCCCGGUAAGCCGGAGCAACAGCCGCUUCUUCAGCAUCCCCCUCCCGACUACUUCAGCCAAAGGCGAAACUCCGCACCCCCAACAUCCCCAUCAUCACCAGCAGGCGACACCGUUCGGGUACCCAUCAGUGCAUUCGGGCUUCCGGAGCGACGACACGGAGAGCGACAUGAGCGACCAGGAGGUGGAUGGCGGGGAAGCGUCACACGGUGGCUACAGCCCGCCAGCGUGGAGGCGCCUCGCCAACGGCGACCGCAGCAGCGGCUUCUGGCGCAAGGCUAAUUCGCGUCUCAAUGCUAUCGACCCGCUCUUGCUGAGCGGGUUCGGUGGUCUCGGCGGUGGAUUAGGGAACGGCGGGUGGUCAAGAGAGUUCGAAACUAGUCCCGAGUAUGAUAGCAUGAAUGAAGACGAUAUGGACCAGGACGCAAUCUUGCAGAAAGCCAUCAGGACAAGGCUACCAACGGGAAGCCUGAGUCCCGAAAAGGAGAGGAGUCCGGAACCAGAGUAUGCGCGGCGUCAGCAGUUGCAAAAGCAGGCCGAACGCCAACAGCAGCACCAAAGGUUGGCGCCGGUGAUCGAGGAAGACGAUGUCAAGAUCAAGGAAGAACCGAUGGAGGAGGAUGCGGGCAUGGUUUUGAGGGGGUUACCCCGUAAGGGCCCUGAUAACUACUUCCGCUUUGCGGUCAGGGCAGAAGUCCAUCAACGCACAGAACCCAUUGAAACAGCCGUCACUUUCUUGCGCAAAUGGCUCGGCCCGUUGACCACGUCGUGGUCAUCCAUGUUCCUGUCGGGCCUCGUAGCCAUUCUCUCUUAUGCCGCCAUGCGCUCGCUCUUUCAGCCGGCGUCCAUGAGCCCCGUGCCUGAUCUCGUCAAGGUGGCCGGUGUGGCGCGCUCCUUUGAGCCGCUCAUUUACUACUCCGAGAAUGGCAUCCAGCAAGUGGGCGACCUGCAAGCGACCGGUGUGGCGGUAUGGGAUCUGGGCGAGAGUGUACGGAGCAGUAACCUCACGUCGGCACCGAUCAUCGUCAAAGAGCUGGACGAGUUGAGCGAAAGUCUCAAAACGCUGGCUAUCGAACUAACCAAAUUCUUCGCCAACGUAGACGGUGACAUCGACGGCAUCCUAAUAGUAAUGGACUGGGCCCGCCGCGAGCUCUCCCAACUGCAACACCUCCCCUCGCCUCCCUUAUCCUCCUUCUUCGACAACGUCCACAACCUCCUCUCCGCCUUCGGCAUUCUCGAAGACCCCUCCACCUCGCAACCCACCCGCCUCGGCCUCAUCGCCACCUCCCUCUUCGGCCCUUCCACCCCACAGCGCACAAGAACCACCCUCCAACGCACCUUCAACGAGUUCCUUGCCGUUCUAGAAGAAGCCAUCACCAACGAGCUGCAGCACUCCCUCGCCAUCUUUGCCCUCUUCGAAGCCAUCGACCACCAAUUCCUGAACCUGGCGCGCACCGUCGUCCGCGAAAGUUCCCUGCAGGAAGAACUACACGCAGAUCUACUGUCCUCUCUCUGGACGCGCAUCCUGGGCGCCAAGGCAAGCGAUAUCCAGAAAUACGAACGGAACCGCCUUCUUUUGCUGAACGUCCGGGAAAAGACGGUGCGCAACAAGGGGAUCUUGGUGGAACAUAACCAUAAGCUCCUGGCGCUGAAGGCGUCCCUGGAGAAUCUGCGGCGGAAACUGGUGUCUCCGCUGGUUAGAAGCGUGAAUAGCUCGACUUUGACGAUUGAUGAGCAGAUUCGGGGAUUGGAAGACGUGGGCGUUUACCUCGAGGGGGUCAGGACGAGGCAGAAGGGGAAACUGAUGGAGAUGUUGUAUGGUGGGGGUAGUUAUAGGGCCGGGAUUGGGUCGGACGGGGGCGGCGGCGGUCAGGGAAGCAGUGGUGGUGGUGGAUAUGGAGGAGGGCAGCAGUAUGGGGAGCAGCACAGGGAGGUGAGGUUGGUUGCUGAUGCUGGUGGUCACGGUUAUGGUUAUGGAAGUGCAAGUGGUGCGACUAGGAGUGUGCAUGAGUCGCAUAGGGGGGAGCAAUGAGUAGUUAGUGUGAGGUUCUGAUGAACGUUGAGUUAUGGAUGGUAUGGUUACGG